CAAAAUAGAAAAAAAAACCAAAGUAAACAAAACUCUGAAACAUAAAACCAAGAGAAAAGCAAAACGCAUUAACUCAAGAGCAUUGAAAAAAAAAACCAUUGAUAUUAAAAACAUUGAUUGAUUGAGAAAUUGGAGGAGAAAAAGGCAAAUUAGAAACGAGCAAGUAUAUAGAAAGCUGCAUGCAUGUACGCGCAGAGCGAAUGCUGUAUAUUUGACGCAAUCGACAAGAAGCCACAGAACGCCAGCUAUUGACCAUAUUAUAAGUUAGAAUUUGUUGUUGCCGUUGCAGUGCCACCACAAGUGUUGCAAGAAUAUUUGAAUAUGCUCAGUUCGCUUGACGCGCUGGCGGGCAAAAUAGCGGCCACGCCCGGCACGGGCGCCGUGACUGGCGCCAAUAAGCCCAGCAGCAAUGGACAUCAUCACCCGCAUCAUCAGCAACAUCUGCACCAGCAUCAACACCAGCAGCAGCAGCAACAACAGCAACAAUUGCAGCACGGCCAGCAACAUGUGCCUGUGGACUACGAAUAUUCGGCAGUAGAAAUAGAACCGCCUGCAGAACAAUUGGCGAAUUCGCCGCGCAAUGAACGGGAACGCCUGCAACAGGCCCAACAGGCGUACGAGCAACAGGCCCAGGCAGAACUGGAGUUUGGUUUGGGCAAUGUUGAGAGCAAUUGCCACAAAAUGACGCAGCUGAAUCAUGGCGGCAAUAGCAGUCACAACCUGCACCAUGCCAGCAACAACAGCAACACCAAUUGCCAUGGCAAGCAUCACAACAACAACAACAAUAACAAUAGCAUCAGUAACAACAACAACAACAAUAAUAAUAAUAGCCACAGCAAUCACAAGUUGCAAAAGACUCAUCAUACGAACGUGCAUCAUCAUCCGUAUCAGCGACCCAUGCGACCUGUGUCGCCUGUCCAGCAACAUCAUCAUUCGCAGCAACAACCCCAGCAACAGUCGCCAUAUCAACAUCAACUCUCACAAUACGCUGCGCUGCAGGAUCAUCACGAGCUCUUGCAAUCGCAACAGGAGCUCUUCCACAAGCAGCUGGCCAACAUACAACAACUGCAACAACAGCAGCAGCAGCAACAGCAACAGGAGUUCCAACAGAUGCGCGAACGCGAGCGACAAUCGGCGGCGGCCGCCUCCUACGAUAACAGUAGCGACUAUGACUCCCAGCAAGAGUACAAAAUUUGCCUAAAGGAUAGUGCAUUUGGUAUGAGCGACAAGAGCAGCACCACCAACAGCCUGCCAAAUAGUCCCAUACAUAGCAACAACAAUAAUCCGUCACUACUGAACAAUAACAACAACAAUAACAGCAGCAGCUCCAAUUUGGGAAGCUCGCUCUGCAAUCAUCCCAACGGCAACAGCAACAACAACAGCAGUGUUAACGUUGCCACCAACGGCAUCAUGUCCUCGGCCGCUCUGGUGAAUAGCAACAGCAGCAGCAACAACAACAACAAUCCGUGCAGUGCCAAUCGCAAUGUUGUUGUCAGCAUGGAUGAUGAUACAUGCUUCCGUAUGGACGGCGAUAUAACUGUUACCUACGGCGAAAAGGAGCCCGAUCCGGACAAUAUUAAAAUGUUUGUUGGCCAGGUGCCGAAAUCCAUGGAUGAGGCGCAGUUGCGCGAAAUGUUCGAGGAAUACGGCCCGGUGCAUUCGAUAAAUGUUUUGCGUGAUAAGGCCACCGGCAUUAGCAAAGGUUGCUGUUUUGUGACGUUUUACACGCGCCGCGCUGCCUUAAAAGCCCAGGACGCUCUGCAUAAUGUGAAAACGCUGAAUGGGAUGUACCAUCCCAUACAAAUGAAACCCGCCGAUAGUGAGAAUCGCAAUGAACGCAAGCUAUUUGUGGGCAUGCUAAGUAAGAAAUUCAACGAGAACGACGUGCGUAAACAAUUCGAGGUAUACGGACCCAUUGAGGAGUGCACGGUUCUGCGCGAUCAGAACGGUCAGAGUAAGGGUUGUGCCUUUGUCACAUUUGCCACAAAACACGCCGCCAUAUCAGCCAUCAAAGCGACUCUGAGUCAAAACAAAAUCAUGGAAGGCUGCACCUCACCGCUGGUCGUCAAAUUUGCCGAUACACAGAAGGAGAAGGAGCAGAAGAAGAUUCAGCAGAUUCAGGCGAAUCUAUGGAAUCUGGCCACCAAUAUUAACAUCCCACUGGGUCAGACGGCCACCACAGUGUCGACGCCCAUACUGCCAAACCCACCGCAACAACCGUCGCCAGUAUUGGGCGCGGACGCACUGACGCCGGCCUCCAUACAACUGCUGCAGCAACUGCAGGCAGUGGGACUGCAACAGCAACUGUUGCAAGCUCUGACGGGCUUAGGCGCUCAGACCAGCAACUCGGCAACGGAUACGACGAAUGCAGCGGCAACGGCUGCUGCGGCCGCUGCUGGUUUGCUGCCACCGAUGACUGUGCAACAGCAAUUGGCGGCACUGGCUGCCAUGACACAACCUAGUCUGUCCAAUGCUGCCGCCGCAGCCUCAUCGCCAGGCAGUGCGCAAUUGACAAACACGGCCGCCUUGUUAUGGUCGGAUCCGAAUCCAUUGGCAUCGGCUUAUAUGUCAACAGCCGCUGGUUUACCGCAAUUUAGCACCGCCGCUGCUCUAUCCACAUCGCCGUUGGCCAGCGUUGCAUUGAGCGCAGCUGCCGCUGCCGCUGCGGGCAAGCAGAUUGAAGGUCCCGAGGGCUGCAAUCUGUUCAUCUAUCAUUUGCCACAGGAGUUUACCGAUACAGAUCUGGCCUCGACAUUCUUGCCAUUUGGCAAUGUCAUAUCGGCCAAGGUGUUUAUCGAUAAACAGACUAGCUUGUCCAAGUGUUUCGGGUUCGUUUCGUUCGAUAAUCCGGAUUCGGCGCAGGUAGCCAUUAAGGCUAUGAACGGUUUCCAGGUUGGCACAAAACGCUUGAAGGUGCAGCUGAAGAAGCCCAAGGACGCCUCCAAGCCGUAUUAAGCAGAGAAGAGCGGGAGUAGCUGCCACAUCCUACGACAUCAAAAGAAAGAACAACAACAAGAAAAAACCAAGAUCUGUUUUUAAUAUAUUAAAGCAUAUAUAGGAACGUCCCAUGUCGUAAUACCAUUUGAGCGGCAGCGGCGAAGGAAGCAUACUUUUAAGGACGUGUCUAAGUUAUGAAGCGAAACACCAAUUGUCAAAUGGAGUAAAUGAAGUUGCCUACAAGUAAUAAGUCAAGCUCGGUUUUGGCCACAAAAGCCUACGUUAUUCCAUGUGGACGUCUCUCGAGCAAGUUCGAAGAAGCGGGAACAAAAGUUUUCCCAAAAAUAAAACCGAAAAUGCAAAGUCAAGUGAUGCAGCAAGCAAGCAAGUCAAAAGUUUUAUGGCAACGUUCUCAUUAUCUAGCAUACCGGUCUCUCAAUUGUAAAUAUAUUUUACGCUUCGGUCCUCGAAAAUGCCGCCCAACGAUUGCUGUCAGCAGUGCAUGCAAAUUUUCGAGCGAGCCUCCUUUGGCCAACUGUAAAUUUUCAGCUGUCAAGAAUAUUUGUAUAAAAAAAAUGAAACCAACAAAUUGUAAAAUUGACUUUCAAAGAAAUUGGCUCGAGAAAUAUAAAAAUUAUGGUAAAAAUUUAGAUUUGCUUAAAAAAA